AUGGUGUCUCGCAACGAGGUAGCCAUAAAUUUGGAUCAGAACUUGAGCGCUGGAUUUCGUCAGUUCGGGAAAUUCGUCCCGACGGUCUUGGCCUCCAUUUCGUGGAUGUGGGCGAUGGUGGAAGCAAGGCCGUACACAUGCAAGGAGUUGCUGGAGAUACAGGGCAUUCCCAUGUUCGAUGACAGCUUGCGUGCAGCAGGGCAGAGGACGCAAGUGUUGAACAUGGACAACAUCGGGGUGUCACCGGCUGCACAAAAGCACAUGGCCGGUAAUUCCUUCCACCAGGCCUGCGUGACUGCUUUCCUGGCUUUCACAUUAGCCUCCUUGACUCCGAAGCCGAUCUCUGCAGAUCAUUGCUCUGCAGAGGAAGAGAAGAGAUGCGUCGCACUCAUGCAGAGAGGCGAAGACCUCGUGCCUGUGAUUGCCGAGUUGGGUCGCGCUCCGAGCCAUGACGAUUCUCGGGAGGAGCAGGACCAGGACUCCGACCAUUGUGGAGAAGGCUGUACAGACGAUGACGAGGAUGGGAUUUAG